AGAAGUUCAACGAAAGUCAAAAUGCUUUAAACCCCAAACAAAGAUAUUUACUACAUCUUUGAAAAAGACACAUUUAGUCAUUUCCUCAUGUGACAAAGAGGAAAUACUCACUCAGGAAGUAAUGUGCAAGUUUGUCAUGAUGUUAUAACAAUCCAUCGACAAAACACAUACGCAAAGCUCACAUUAAUGCCACAAUGGAAGUUGAUUUGGCCUUGUUGAAGUCCUCAAAAGGUUUACUGAAAAUAGCAGAGAUGGUGUGUGUUUUUGUGGCUUUUGUGUCGUAUGCAGUGGCAUCUCGGCCGCCCUACAUUGCAGCGACCUGCAUAGAGUUUUUCAUCACGCUUGGUUUUUUUCUGCUCUACCUUCUGAAACUCAACAAAGUGUUCACUUUCUUCUUCUGGCCUCUUAUUGAUGUGUUCAACUCACUCUUUGCAGCUGCAUUCAUGUUUAUUCUUAGCAUGGUUGCAGUUUCAACAUUCACAGUGAAGGGCACUUUGAGCGGAGGGAUCGUGGGCUUUGUGGCUGCAGCCUUGUGGUCAUUGGAUGGCUAUAUUCUUUUAAAAAAAAUCACAUUCAACAAGCCAAGAACCACCACAAGAGCCCAAACAGGGGAAGAGUAAUGCCUCAUAACUGUGUUGACUCAUUUAGUGAGUGAGUGGGCCAUUUUUACAGCCAAAAUGAGAGUGUCAAGUAUAUUAUACUGUUGUAUGAUGUAUACUUUUGUUCAUAAAUAAUGUGCAAAAGAAUUAGAAUCACUGAAAAGACUGAAACCUACACACAAAUCUGCAAAAUAAAGGGUUUCAAACAGA